ACUCCGAUGGGGCGAAUGGCACCUCUGGUCGAGAUACCUUCUACACCUCUCUCACUGUCCAUGGAGGAGGUUCAGAGAAUGGUGAAUCAGGCCGUACAGCAGGAUCGAGCUAGCAGAAGGAUAGCUAAAAUUCGCCUGCCCCGCAAUAUGGUUCCCAGGACCACUAUUCGGGAUGAAGGAACGGGUGCAAGCUCCUCCAACAACCCACUUAUCCCGCAUUUGAGACAACAGCGAGGUAACCCAUUCUCGGCAGAAAUCAUGGCUUCGGAUCUACCAACAGGGUUUCAGGCUUUCGAGCACCUAGCAUACGAUGGGACGACAGACCCUUGGGAUCAUAUAAGUCGGUUUCAGACAACGUCUUAUUUACACCGGUUCUCGGAUGGGAUCAUGUGCCGCGCUUUCGCAACCACACUGCGGGAUGCAGCCCAGUUGUGGUUUGGACAGCUGGCGGAAGGGUCAGUGCGAGACUUCGAAACUUUCAGUGCCAUGUGGUUGGACCACUUCGCCAGUUCUAAAAAGCAGAAGAAGUCGGCUCUCACCCUCUUCGGUGUUCGGCAGGGGGACCGAGAGGUGCCGGGCCUUUCACAGGAUGUGCUUACUAAUGUCCUCAUGCAGAGGUUAAGGGAUGGAGAAUUGUUUAGGUCAUUGGCUAAGCGGGCGCCGUCGACGUAUGACGAGCUUUUAAAGCGGGCCGAUAAAUACAUCGCAAUGGAGGAGGCGAGGAAAAUGAAGGAAGAAGAAACCGCGGUGGUUCCUGCCCACGAUACCCCGGUAAAGAGCCCAUCGCGGGGAAAGGAUUUACAUAGACAGCGGCGUCAUCCCGUAGCUCGCGAAAUCCCAGUCCCUGAGCAUCGAAAACCUCGAUACAGGAGCUAUGCCGUCCUUAAUAAGUGGCCAACCCAGGUUUUGAUGGCGGUAGAAGGGGGGUCGGAUAUUCGUUGGCCAACCACAUAUCAGAAGACCCCGCCGCAAGGCUCUAGCGACGACGGUUAUUGUCGAUACCACAAUCGGUACGGCCAUCGUACCAACGAAUGUGGUCAUCUGAAGGACGAGCUAGAGAGGUUAGCUCGGCAGAGCCAGAUAGAUCAGUUCGUUAAAACGCAGGCGGGAAACCACACCACUAGUAGGCGUGACCAUCAACCCCGACCCUUGGUGGAACCAAGGAAUCGCAUCAAGAUGAUCCUGGGAGGACCUACAAGUGGGGACUCACACAGGGCGGGAAAGAAGUAUGUCAGGUCGGGAAAAGGGGCCUUUUAA